AUGGUGACUGUCACUCAUACUUCUGUGCUUCCACAGAGUGCAAAGCCAGCAUCAGAAGCCCCAGUAUGUUCCCCUCUUUCUGGUGGAAAGGAUAAAGAUGGUGAAGAGGAGGAAAAUGACUAUGAACCUUCACCUGCUAUCAUACCACAGCUGAAGGAACAUAGCAACAAAUCUUCACCUGUUACCACGCUAUAUCCAUAUGAAGAUGAUGCUGAAUCUCCACCUGCUAUUGCACAGUGCCCAGAUGAAUAUGACAAUGAACCUUUGUGUAUUGUACUGGAGCCUGAGUAUGGUGGCAAUGACUCUUCACUGUGGCUGGAGGAGCAUGGCCAUGAAUCUCUACCUGUUAUCACACCACUGCCUGAAGAAGAAGACAAUGAAUCUUCACCUGUUAUGGCACCAGAGCCUGCACAUACAAAAUCUAUCUGCACAUACUCUGCAGUCAAACCUGCCCUGUCUGAAAACUGUGAGAAUUCAUGCAGAGAGACAGAUGAGCAACCAAAGAAAUCUCAGAUGACACAUGAGGAGAUCCUAGAGAAGCUGAGGAGCGUUGUGAGUGUGGAGGAUCCCAAGAAUAAAUACACUCAAUUUAAAAAAAUUGGCCAGGGGGCAUCAGGAACAGUUUAUACAACAGUUGACAUCACCACAGGACAAGUGGUGGCCAUAAAGCAAAUAGAUCUCUAUCGACAGUCCAGAAAGGAACCUAUUCUUAAUGAAAUCCAAAUCAUGAGGGGAAAUCAGCAUGCCAAUAUUGUGACCUAUUUAGACAGCUACCUAGUCAAUAAUGAACUCUGGCUGGUUAUGGAAUAUUUAGAUGGGGGUUCAUUAUUCAAUGUUGUUACCCUGGUAUGCAUGGAUGAAGGACACAUAGCAGCAGUCUGCAGGGAGUGCCUUCAAGCACUGCAUUUCCUCCAUUCAAAUCAACUGAUCCACAGAGACAUCAAAAGUGACAAUAUCCUUUUGGGAAUGAACGGAUCUGUCAAAUUGGCUGAUUUCGGCUUCUGUGUUCAGAUUAACUCCAAGCAGAGCAAACGGAACACAGUGGUUGGGACUUCAUACUGGAUGGCCCCAGAAGUGCUGGAAGAAAAGCCAUACGGCCCCAAAGCAGAUGUUUGGUCACUUGGGAUCACAGCAGUAGAAAUGCUGGAAGGCAAACCUCCUUACUAUAGUAAAAGUCCUCUCAGGGCCAUGUAUCUGAUAACUACCAAAGGGGCACCAAAGCUGCAAAACUCCAAGCAACAGUCUGCUCAAUUUUCUGAUUUUCUGAACUGCUGCCUGGAGAUGGAUGUGGGCAGGCGAAGUUCUACCAAGGAACUUCUGCAGCAUCCAUUCUUAGAAUUAGCCAAGCCCCUCUCCAGGCUCACGCCUCUCAUCAGGGCAGCACAGGCGGCGAAGAACAGCAGCUGCUAG